GGUUUGCUUUGCUUGCCCUGUUUCUUCUUUAUCAUCUUCAUCAUCUUCGUCUUUGGGUUUUUUUAGAGUUAUAUGUGAUAUUUGAUUUUGUGGGUUUGGAGAGGAGAGAAUCAUCGAUGAGUGCUGGAGUAGAGAUGACGGAAUCCGGAAGGGUAGUUGCAGCGGUUGCGUUGGAUUUUCCUGUGAAUGAGUCAGGGGAAGUUUGUUCUUCUUCUUCACCACCAAAGUUGCCGAGGAGACUUAGGCAACGGCUUCUGGAAUCUAAGAGCUCUUCCACCGUUGAAGAGAUUGAAACCAAGCUCAAAGAAGCCGAACGUCGUAGACAGCAAUUCCAUGAAUGGUUGUCAAGCAAAGCUCGACCAAAGCCAAGGAGUCCUUCUUGGUCUUCUCAAGAAGAAGAUCUGGCUCAGCGCCUUGAAGCUAAACUCUAUGCAGCUGAACAGAAAAGGUUGAGCAUUCUGGCAAAGGCCCAGACACGCCUAGCAAGGUUGGACAAGUUGCGGCAAGCAGCUAAAACAGGAGUUAAAAUGCGUUUUGAGAAGGAACGUGAGGAGCUUGGUACGAAAGUGGAGUCACGUGUACAGCAGGCAGAGGCUAAUCGGAUGCUUCUGCUGAAGGCUUACAAGCAGCGAAGGGCCUUAGCAAAGGAGAGGACAGCUCAAUCAUUGUUGCGGAGGAUGGUUCAGGAGAGCAAAUACAAGGAGCGUGUGCAUACUACAAUUUCCCAAAAGCGUGCUGCUGCAGAGAAGAAGCGGUUGGGAUUGUUGGAAGCAGAGAAAACAAGGGCACGUGCAAGGGUAAUGCUGGUGCGAAGGGUAGCCAAGUCUGUGUAUCAAGAGCGAGAGAUUGAGAGAAGUAAAUUAAAGGACAAGUUGGAAAAUCGUCUCCAAAGGGCCAAGAGACAGAGGGCUGAAUAUCUGAGGCAGAGAGGAAAUCUUCAUGCUUCCGUCAGUGUCAAUUGGAAUAAGAUGCACAGGCAGGGUGAUUUCCUUUCUAGAAAAUUGGCGAGGUGCUGGAGGCGAUUUGUGAGGCUGAGAAAAACUACUUUUGCUUUGGCAAAAGCUUUUGAAGCCGUAGAUAUUAAUGAUAAAUCUGUUCGAUUAAUGCCAUUUGAGCAGCUAGCUCUCAAGAUUGAAUCACCUGCAUAUCUUCAGACUGUGAAAGCUUUACUUGAUCGAUUUGAGAGCCGAUAUGCCAUCUCACAUGCUACUACAGCUACUAGCGGUCACAGUUUGGAUAACAUUGAUCACCUCCUCAAACGCCUUGCAUCUCCCAGUCGCAGGGGCACACCCGGUAAUGCAUCCAGAAGCAGAGCAUCAAAGAAAGCAGCAUCCACUGUUGCAGCUCAAAAUCCAGUUAAAUUGUCAAGGUAUCCAGUUAGGGUGGUGCUUUGCGCUUACAUGAUACUGAGUCAUCCAGACGCAGUUUUCAGUGGGCAGGGGGAGCGUGAGAUCUCUCUCACCAAUUCUGCGGGAAAUUUUGUUAGGGAGUUUGAAUUGUUGAUUAAGAUUAUAUUAGAUGGUCCCGCACAGAUUACUAAUGAGGAGUCAUCCACCACAUUGCCAAAGGAGCGGACAUUUAGAUCUCAGCUCGCUGCUUUUGAUGCAGCGUGGCGCUCAUACCUAUAUUGCUUUGUGGUGUGGAAGGUUAAGGAUGCAAGGUCACUUGUAGAAGAUUUGGUGAGAGCUGCAUGCCAACUCGAGCUCUCUAUGAUGCAGACGUGCAAGAUGUCUCCGGAAGGGAAUAAUGGUGAUCUUACUCAUGAUAUGAAAGCUAUUCAGAAGCAGGUUGCUGAAGACCAGAGGCUUCUCAGAGAGAGAGUGCAACAUCUGAAUGGUGAUGCUGGGAUUGAACGUAUGGAAUCUGCUCUGUCAGACAUCAGAACUAGAUUCUUUGUAGCAAAGGAGAAUGGAAGUUCGUUGACACCACAAAUCGCACAUAUUUCUCCAACUCUGCCCAGUUCUUCAGCGUCGGCUGGUUCAGCAGGACGUUCAUCAGUUGUUAUCUCAGAUGAAAGUAGUAAGCCAGUUGAGCCUUGUAGCCGAGUUGUUCGCUCCUUGUUUAAGAAUGAUACAUCUCCUCCUACCAAAGAUGUUGAUGCUCCUUCCAGGAGUAUGGAUGGAUUGUCUGCUUCUUCUACUGAAAAUUGGAUUUUGGAGAAUGAACUGCUAGUAAACGAAAUAAUCCAUAAUUAUCGCUAUGCUUUUGCUGAUACAUUGAAUGUCAGUGAUGUGGAUCAGAGUGGUAUUAAGGCAAAGAUAAAGGAGGCAAUGGAGAAUGCUUUUUGGGAUGGUGUUGCAGAAUCUAUGAAACAGGAUGAGCCUAAUUAUGUGCGGGUAGUUGAGCUCAUGAAGGAAGUCAGGGAUGAACUAUGCCAAAUGGCUCCUCAGAGUUGGAAGCAGGAGAUUCUUGAAGCUAUUGAUCUAGACAUUCUCUCUGAGGUGCUGAUGUCGGGAAAUCGUGACAUGGUUUAUCUUGGAAAAAUCCUGGAGUAUGCAUUGGUCACUCUGCAGAAGCUUUCUGCUCCAGUGACUGAAGAAGAGAUGAAGAAGACCCACAAGAAGUUACUGAAUGAGCUAGGCGAGAUUGCAGAAGCUGCAGACAAAUCAAAUGUUUCGUUUAUCCUUGCAAUAAUCAAGGGUUUACGCUUUGUUCUAGAACAGAUUCAGGAACUAAAGCGGGAGAUCAGCAAAGCACGUAUAAGAAUUAUAGAACCACUCAUAAAGGGGCCAGCUGGUUUGGAAUAUCUUAGAAAAGCUUUUUCAAACCAUUAUGGAUCGCCCUCUGAUGCGUUGACCUCAUUACCACUGACAGUCCAGUGGCUUUCAUCCAUAAAGCCCAGUGGAGAGCAGGAGUGGAAAGAACACACUGAUUCACUCUCAGCUUUGCCAACCAGUCACGCAAGUUCUUCUCAGGAUCUUCUCCCUUCUGCUGCCCUUAGAACUGGUGGCAGUGUCCUUAUUCCAGCAAAUAGAAGCCAAGUGGUUUCUUUACCUCCAACUUCAACUAGUGUUUCUGGUAAUCAACAACCAGAAUGCAAGGGAGAAAGGCUUGAUUUGUUGGUGAGACUUGGCUUGUUGAAAUUAGCAAGUGGGAUAGAAGGGCUGAAGCUUGAGACUCUUCCAGAAACCCUUAAACUAAAUCUCUCAAGGCUAAGGGCUGUUCAGGCUCAACUGCAGAAGAUCAUUGUCAUCUCUACCAGCAUAUUGGUUCUCCGGCAAACCCUUCUCAGUGAGAACUUAGGGAUCAAACCUUCAGAGAUGGAUAACAUGGUAUCUGAAUCUGUUAAACAACUCUCUCAGCUUCUGGACCGUGUUGAAGAUGUGGGAGUUGCUGAAAUUAUUGAAAUUAUCAGCGUUGUCCCAGAGAAUGGUGACAGUGUCGUGGAUGCAAAGAAGCUCCAAACGAGGAAAGAGGUCAUGGCAAGUCUAUUGUCUAAGAGCCUUCAAGCUGGGGAUGCAGUUUUUACAUGCAUCACCCAGGUGGUUUACCUCGCAAUCAGGGGUGUUGUACUUGGAGGAAGCGGAUCGCAGGGAAGGGAACUGGCACAUAUAGCUCUUCGGCGGAUUGGGGCAGCAGCUGUUCUUACCGAGAGAGUGAUAGAGGUAGCAGAGAAGCUGAUUGUGGUGGCUACUGUAUCAGUUAAUGUUCAUGGGCCGUGGUAUGCACAUAUUGUCGAUAAUAUCAAUUGAUGUAUCUAAGAAGAUGGAUAUUUAAGAAGUAAUUACUACUAGUUUUCUCUUGUACAUGGAAGUUUGUAGGAUUUUGUCUAAAGCCCAUUGCAAAUAUGUUCAGGGGGAGAAGGCAAUGUGAUGUAAAGUGGGUGGAAAUGUAAAGUGUGUCCAUUGGUCCAUAAAACAG